CCUACAUUCUGGCAGAAGGGCAUGCCGCACCGCGCGUCUAGAGUCCUAGGACAGGACUCUACGCGCGUCAUGCGCGCGCUUCUCCCAGGGGUAUAUCACUGCAGGGACACACUUGCAGCACCCUGCGGCGCCGCAGCGCGAACCGGCCGACAAUAUCUGCAUUGGAACACACUGUCGUCAACGAACUGGAGCGAGUCCAGGACUUGCUUCUAACCUACGUUGUGGGGAAAGGCCAACAUGGGUGAAAUAAGUGGAAACAAUUCAAUGCUCCAUCAUUUAAUUGAAUUAGGAUGCUGCAAGUUGUGCUGUUUGAGGUACCUUGGAGAACGAUCGCCAAGUGCAUACAAAAAUCCUGUUGACACUCUUAAAAAGAAAUAUUUGCUGCUUGAGGAUUGUGAAGUUGAAGAGAACCCUUCCAAAUUAAAGAAAAGCAAUGUCUGCUUAGCCUGUUUAGGUUUACUCCAGGAAAACUUGAGAGAAACUGUCAUAUCAAAGAUUGUAUCUGACGUGAAUGAUGCUGAUUAUGACUGCCAGGAAUUCUCAUGUGCGUUGUCGAUGCCUGUCAGCUUUUGUCUCAGAACACAUUCAUUAAAUUUAUAUUUAAUGGAUAAAUUUCCUGACCCAUCCGAGGACACAGCUGAAAUUCGAUUUGUCUCUGUAAAAGAUGUCUGGAAAUGGGUCGCUGCUUCAGAAAUUGCUGAUGGAAUUAAGAAGUCCUUCAGUCAGUCCAAUGAUUGUGAUUUUUCAAUCACUAUAAGCAUUGGCUAUGAUGAUGAUGAGAAGGAAUGCAAUUGCUUAAUGGAAAUGCACAAAGAGACAUAUGAUGUCAGAAAGAAACAGACUCGAAAAUUUAAAGAUUGCCUAUUAUCUCGGAAAUCUGUUGAGGCCUUACUUCUCACAACAAAACCAGACCACUUUCAGAAGUACUAUCCCACUCCUCCUGAAAUACCCAACAAUGCUGUAAAAUGUGCUUCUGUAUCUUUACAUCACAACUCAUUAUAUGUUGCAGGUCGUUAUAACAAAUUUUCUCGCAAGCUUAGUCAAACACCAUGGCUUAUUGGGGGUGAAAGACUAAUGGAGAGCUCUGUCCAGGAACUCCUAUGUGAUCGAAUAGUUCAGUUGGCUAAAGCUCAAGAUCUUCGUUUCUCAUCAUCUGGAAGGGAAGAUGUUGAUGUGCGCAUGUUGGGUCGUGGGAGACCUUUCUUUUGUGAGUUGAUAAAUCCACAUCGAGUUCACUUGGAACCCAAACAUUUCCGUGCCAUAGAGAGAGAAAUUUUGUCAACCACGAAAGAUGUAUCAGCCAGACAUCUACAGAUUGUUUCAAAGGAUCAAGUCGCACAAGUCAAGACCGGAGAGGAAGAAAAAAUAAAAAUUUAUAGUGCUUAUUGCAUUAUGUCUGGAGCUGAUGCAACUGUGGAUUGGGCAAAGUUGGAAUCUCUCUCUUCCAAGUGCCCCAUAGUUCUUCAACAGAAAACUCCAAUAAGAGUGUUGCAUCGCAGGAGCCUUGCCACAAGGGAACGAUCCAUAUUUCGACUGGAAGUUAGCAAAGCGGAAACACAAGAACCCAAAGCAUUUGUUCUUAAUAUGGCAACACAAGCUGGCACAUAUGUAAAGGAAUUCGUGCAUGGUGAUUUUGGGAGAACCACUCCUAGUUUGAGAGAUUUAUUAGGUUCAGAUGUUGAUAUUUUAGCUUUGGAUGUUAAGGAUAUUGAGUUGGACUGGCCUCCAGAGAUCUUACCGGACAAUCAAGACUGAUCUGUGUAUGUUUGCUGUGAAGUGGGACGAAAAUAAAUCAAACAAUCAACGUUCACAAAUUUACUGUGCAAAAUUGGAUUUAUCACCUUUCCCUUCACAAUGCAUGGACAUUAAAAUGCCAUCCACUCUACAAUAAAUAAAUAACUGCUCAGCAUACCA